AUGGCGAAGCUACAGAGUGAAGCUACUAAAGCGGUGGCUAGCUGUGCUGGCAGUGGAUGGAGAAAUCCUAAUUUUGGAAUUCUUACACUCCUUGUGUUGCUGAUAGCUGUCGCGCAGGCCAGUAAUGGCGGCCGUUUGAAGAUGAAGAACCGAUUUUUUGUUCUCGUCGGCGCUAGUCUACUUUCUGUCUAUUCUAUUUAUGCCUUCAAUCAUCAAAAAUCACUGCCAUCAUGUGUUCAAACUCAAGGAAGUCUAUCUCCCCAGGAUGAAAAAAUGAUCCAUCUCCUUCGAAUGGUGGAUACGUUGGGGCUGGAUGAAGUGAAAAAACUAGCCGAAGACUACCUCCAUCCGUCGAACUCGAGCGGCAAUGCGCAGAAAACCAAAAGUGAGAAAUUCUCACUGUUGCAGCUGCAUCGUUUCGACCCCUUUGUAUUCGCAAGGGAUCAUAAAGCGGACUGUCAACGACGGCUACAACUAUCUGAGCUUACGUCCGAAGACAAGGCCCAAGCCGGAUUGACACCGGAACAAGCUAUCGAAAGAUAUAAAGGAAAAUUGCCAACGUGGGAAAUCAAAGAAAUUUCAUCAAAGAAGUUUCCGAGGAUAUUCUUCGCCGGCGAAGGAGCGAACAAAACACAUAUGCUGCCAAUGAAUUUAACGAAUAAUUUUGGAUUCGAUGAGCCUAGCGAGACGGAAAAUAAAGGGAAAUACCGGUGGAAAAUCGGCGACCAUUUGGCCUACCGCUACGAGCUCUUGAAGUAUCUGGGCGGGGGUACAUAUGGAGAAGUGCUCAAGGCUAGAGAUCACAUGCUAGAAAAGGAUGUGGCCAUUAAGGUUCUCAACAAUUACACGUCAAUAGCGAAACACACGAUGGUAGAAUAUAAUAUUAUAAGCAAAAUAAACAAAGCAUUCCCGCAUUCACCAUUCUUCAUUGUAAAUAUCGACAACUUCAAAUUUCGCAAUCAUUUCUGUAUGGUAUUCGAGCUACUUGGAAAAACUGCCUACGAUGUCUAUGAGACAGAAGCAUUUAGAAAAAAUACUGAGCUUUUCAAGUCGUAUGUUUCGGACUUGCUCAAAGGAUUGGUGCUUAUUCAUUCCCUGGAUAUUCUUCACAACGACCUUAAACCUGAUAAUUUACUUUCUCCGCUCGAGCGUAUUGAUAACGAGCCCCGGAUAAGAAUAAUGGACUUCGGGCUAAGCUGCGUGCUUGGCUCUAGUAAGGACAGAUGUCCUUCUUACUACGUCCAGACUCGCUAUUACCGUUCUCCAGAAGUCAUGCUGGCGAUGAAUUACACCACUCAAUCAGACAUGUGGUCGAUGGGAGUGAUCAUCGGGGAGAUGUUUCGCGGCUCAGAAUUCAUUUUCGGAGAGACUGAGCCAGAUCAGAUGGCAUCGAUAAUGGAGAACAUUGGACUCCCUCCUGUACCAUUCAUCGAGAAAGGAGUUCGAAAAAGGAUUUAUUACGAGGGGGUUCAUUACAAAACUGAAAAGGGUUUCCAGCGUCGCCCUUAUCGUAAGUCGAUUCCGAAAACUCUGGGCCUUAUUUCGCCGGAUGACGAUUUGUUUCACGAUUUCCUGCGUCGUCUGCUUCAAUGGGAGCCAGACAAAAGAAUGACUGCCGCGGAAGCACUUAACCACCCCUGGUUAACAGGAAUCGACGAAGACAUGAGGCGAAUUCCAGCUCUGUAA